AUGGGCAGCAUAGCUAGCAAUGCGUCCAUCACCACCGAUCCGAGAAGGAGGAGGGGCCCCGUCGGCAUCCCCGUGGGUGCUCUGGGCGGACGCGGAGUGCAUCAACCAGGCCGACGCGCGCGCGAGAAGACGGCGCAGGUGCGGCUGAUACGUGAAAUCUACUCGCGGCCCGUCCGCAUGCUCGUCUGGCUCGGCGAGGACGGCGGCGGCCGCCCGAGGUGUUGUUUGAGGCGGAUGAGCUUCGUGAUCCAGGAGGUCGCGCUCGCCGACGACGGCGUGCCGCGGCUCGCCAUCUGCGGCGAUAUCGAGUUUGCCUGGGAGGAUCUCGCCCGCGUGGCGUACCGGCUCGGGGUGUCGUCAGGGAACAUCCCGGCCGGCAAAUGGGACAACAUUCUGGACCUGAGGAGGCCUUGGUUGAACAUGAUCCGCGGCCUGGUGCCCAAGGAACGCCUGCUCGAGUGGUACAUCGAGGACGGCUGGGAGCUGCUGUGCAAGUUCCUCGGCAAGCCCGUCCCCGACGUCCCCUUCCCCCAUGCAAACGCCGUGAACGGCGGCUGGAAGGCCCGCGAGGAGCAGGCCAACAAGCGCUGGAUCGAGAGAGCCUUUCUCAACCUCAUUCUCCUCGGUAUCGGCCUGGUCAUCGCCAUUCUGCUGGCCAGGUUGUACCUCUUCUAA